AUGCAGAAAGCGGGCGUGAUGGAGGCGACGACGAGGGAGAAGAGGGAAGAAGAGCUGGCGGCCUACCUGCGGCGGGUGGGCUUCUUCCCACAGUAUAAGCAGCAGCUGGACGGGUCCGUGUGGCCGGCCGUGACGGCAGCGACCCUGGUGGAGCUGCACCAGCGCCAGGUGCGCCAGGUGCCGUUCGAGAACCUCGACCAGCACAGCGCGCGGCACAUCGUGCUCGACUUCGACGUCAUCUACCAUAAGGUGGUGCAACGUCAAAGGGGCGGCUUCUGCUUCGAGCUCAAUGGCCUCUACGUGGAGAUGCUGCGGAGGCUAGGCUUCGACGUCGUGCUCUACCCAGCCCGGGUACAGUCCGAGGGCAGCUGGACGACCCGCAAGUCGCACGUCGUCACCGUGGUCAGAGUCAAGGAGCCGAAGGCGAAGCAGGACUACCCUCCUGAUGACGACGACGAUGAUGGUUGCGAGCUGCAGACGUGGAUCAGCGACGUCGGCUACGCGUCGUGUCCGCACACGCCGCUGCGGUACGACUGGAUCGGGGUGGAGCAGCCGGGCGAUGGCGAGUGGGCGGGCUUCCGAUUGACGCGCGUCAAGGCCGAGGUGGCGGAGGACGAUCCCGACCAGGAGUGCGUAAUGAUGGAGCGGCGGCGCAAGGCCGACGGGGAGUGGCUCAAGGCCAUCCUCAUCUACGAACAGCCGCGCUCGCUUGCCGAGCUCACGCCCAACUGCGAUGCAUUGCAAGCGGACGAGGAGACGCACCUGAGCAAGCGGAUCCUGAUAUCGGCCAUCUCGGAGAGCGGCCGCAAGACCAUGAGCGGAGCCUACCGCCUGAUCACCACCACCUUCGCCGACGGCCAGCGCGUGGAGCGCAACAUCAUGAUGAGUGAUGAAGAUGGCCAGAGAGUAGCGAGAGAGGCCACUGUCGAUAGUACGACCGCGGAGGAAGAGCAGCGGCAACAGCGUAUGCCGACGGAGAAGGAGGUGUACCUGGAGGUGCUCCAGCGCGAGUUCGAUCUUCGGCUGACCGAAGAUGAGCAGCGAGCGCUCGACCUCGAAAAGUCCAAACGCAACUCGAGCGUGUGGUGA